AAAUUCCUUUGUAAAUUUAUAUCAUGUAACAUACUUUUCAAAUAUUGAACAAGUUUUGGCUUGUGAAUCAAUAACUUUAUCUUUACCAACUGAUUUUUUAAAGUUUUCAUAUCAGCGGAUAGACUAGAAAGGAAUUCACUUGUCAGAUGAGAAACAUUAAAAUUACUACACUUUGUGCAUUAAGAAUAUCACAGUAAGCAGGAUAAACCAUGGUUAAUAAUGGCUGUUCCUGGUAAAAGGGCAUCUCGGAAAUUCUCAUCUACACUAUCUCGGGGUGGUGCUGAAGAUUUUGACAUUUAUUGUGAAAUAUGUGACAGAGCUGAUAUCAGGCUUCCUGCCUAUGGUUACUGUGUAGAUUGUGAGGAACACUUAUGUCAAUCAUGCUUCAAAACUCACAGACUACCAAAACCACUACGCCAUCACCAACUUUUAGAUAAAGAUCACAUGCCACAACAACAAAAACUCCAUGGAUCAUCAAAAUCUAGUUCCAGUCCACAGACUGGUGAUCUUAUAAAGCCUUGUACUAAACACACCAAAGAAGUGAUCAAAUUCUAUUGUCAUGACCAUAAUGCUCUUAUAUGUAAUGUUUGUGUGACCCUUGAACACACACCAACAUCCUGUCAUGUUGACUACAUACCUGAUAUAUCAGGACAGAUUUCAGACAGCACCGAUGUUAAGGAAACACUAAAAGAUAUUGAUAAAUUGACAAACAAAUCCUCCCAGAUUACAAGUGACCUGAAACAAAGAGUUGAUAAAUCAACAACUUCUCUUAAAGAUGCUAUAGGAGAAAUUGAAAAAUUUAGAAAAGAGAUAAACAAGAGAUUAGAUGAACUAGAAAAGGAGGUUAAAGAUACUGCUACAACAAUCCAACAUGAAAACAACAACAAGUUGAAAACAACAGAAACAACAUGUGAUGACAUCAACAAAUCACUUCAAGCAUCAGCUGAUACUCUGAAACAUCUCAAUUCAAACAAGAAAACUGACCAACUGUUUACUGAACUUAAGAGAGCUCAGCAACUGAUUCAAGAUAAAAACAAUAUAUUAUCACAACUACCAACAAUCAAUGACAUUGAUGAGUACAUCUUUGAACCAAAUAAAGAAAUCAAGAAAGUCCUUAAGGAUGAGAACAAAUUAGGAACAUUGAGCAAGAAUGUAAAGCAGCCAGCAGAACCAAAGAAUCCAGGGGCAGGAGCAAUGAAAAUGUCUACCACAAGACGCAUUAAUGCUAAAUCAUCUUCAGAUGAAAAGAAUAGCUGGAUUACUGGUAUAGCUGUUUCUCCUCAAAAUCAAUUAUUUGCAGCAGAUUACUAUAAUGAAUCUAUUAAAAUGAUACGCAUUUAUACUGGAACAAUAAAAGAAUUAAAGCUUGACUCAUCACCUUGGGAUAUCACCUUUGUCACAAGUGAUUCACUUGCUGUUACAUUACCGGAAAGUAAAACAAUACAGUUUAUUUCCUUCUCCCAGGACUCACUCUCACUAAAGAACAAUCUGAAGGUAGAUGGACAUUGUUGUGGCAUCAGUAAUCAUCUGGAAAAACUUGCAGUCACAUUUUCAAUACCAGUUAAACUACAAAUCAUGGAUUUGAAGGGUAAUACUGAAAUUACUGUUGAUAAAGAUUCCAAUGGUGACAAAAUUUUCAAUCAUCCUGGGUAUGUUACAACAAACAAUAAUUCAAUCUAUGUAUCUGACUCUGGCAAGGAUGUAGUUCUAAAAUUUAACUGGCAGGGAGAGAUAAUAGGAGUAGUAGUAAUAAAAGAACCAAGUGGAAUAACACUGUUAGAUGAUGGGUCUCUCUUGGUGAAUGCUAGAAACAGUCAUUGUAUACAUAGAGUAAGUGGCGACUGUAAAGAUAGUAAAACUAUACUGGAGAAUGUAGACAGACCUUAUGCUGCAUGUUGGUGUGCAAAAACCAGGACACUUUGUGUUAGUCGAAUAAAGGAGGACAGUGAUGACAAUUAUAUCAGAUUAUAUAAAAUGAUGUUAAAGACAUGAAAAUAUAUGAUAUGUCACUAACAAUUGGAUAAGUUCAUCAGAUCAUCAUUCAUUCAACAUUCAAUUAUAGAAAUUAUUGUAACAUUAUGAUAUCACAUUUAACUUUAGGUUUGUUGAUCUAUGUAUGUAUAAAUGUAUAAUUAUUUUCAAAAAAAAAAAUAUAUAUAUAUAAAAUUUACUUUUAUUU